AUGAAUCAAAAGGCGCAGAAUUUUUGUGUGGAGAGGAUCAUGGAUGGUCAUGAAGGUGGGAACACCAAUUGGGUCAUCAAGGAAGAUGGUGAAGAUAGCAAUGAUUCAUCAUCCAUUGGUAUCAUGUCAGAAGAAGACUCAGUGGAUUCUGUGUGUUCUUCUUUUUCUUCAGAGUUGGCCGAGGAUGCGUCCUCUUCAACAUCUUCUUCAUCAACUCGUUCAAAUGGACCCUUGUAUGAAUUAUCAGACCUCAUGAACCAUCUCCCUAUCAAGAGAGGGUUAUCUAUGUUCUAUCAAGGGAAGGCACAGUCUUUCACUUCUUUAGCUAGCGUGGAGAGCAUAGAAGAUCUUCCCAAGAAAGGCACACCUUAUAGCAAGAGAAUGAAAUCAUGCAAAAGUUUUGGGGGAGGUUUAGAUAGUCACAAAACAUUGUGCAGUCCAAAGGCUACAAUAUCAAAGAAAGCAUCAAGAGGGUCUUUUGCAUCUGUAAUGGGCAAAAGAGGGAGUUUCCUACGAGGGUCUAGACCUUCCAUUGCUGCUCACAAAAACUUCUGA